AUGGUGCCGAAGGAGGCAGCUGGGACGGAGGGAGACGGAGACUGCGGAGAGCUGGAGGCGCGAGGAAUCCAGAGGACCAAGCUGGAAGCCGCAGCGGCGCAAGCCACACAACCUCGCAGCUCCCACGAGUGGCCGGUUUUCUCCAAGGCGGAGCAGCUGUUGGAAACACGGGUGAAGCCUGCAGGGAAGUGCACGGCUUCGCUCGCAAUCAAAGCACCUAGUUCUCUGCCCAAAGAUCUAUGCAUCCAUGUAUCCAUCAAUCCAUCCACCCACCCAUCUAUCUGCCAUCUAUCCAUCCAUCCAUCCCCAUCCAUCCGUCCAUCCAUCAUCCAUCCAUCCAUCCAUCUAUCCGUCAUCUAUCUGCCAUCGAUCUAUCCAUCCAUCCAUCUAUCUGUUAUCUAUCGAUGUAUCCAUCCUUCCAUCCAUCUGUUAUCUAUCUACCAUAGAUCUAUGCAUCUAUCUAUCCAUCCAUCCAUCCAUCUAUGCAUCCAUCUAUCCAUCCAUCUAAGCGUCUUCUCCUUCCCCCGUCUGCGUCCACGCCGGACGGGGAGGCGAUCGUGCUUCGUCUGGCUCGGAAGUGCCCCAGCCAGCUUCAUCAUGUCAGAGCUGGUCAGACUAGCCCCCGUGUGUCUGUCUGCCCCGCGGGGUCCCCGCUAUCCGGCCCCGGCCCCUGAGCGCAACCCCGCGUGGAUGGACAUUGCGCCCCGCAGCGAGUGA